UAGCCAUUGACGCGCGAGCGGCGGCUGUGUUCACGCGCAUUCUCAGUGCAAUGGGAGUCCUGUGAGGAUGGACACACGGCAAAUCCUGCGACUCCUGAUCGUUUUAUCGGGAUUGAAUGGAGCGUGUGAAGCUCUGUUCUGUAACUGCACCACACCAGAGUGUGAGAAAAAUGGGUAUAAGUGCGAGACCAACGGGGCAUGUGUAGCCUCCACCUCAGUCAUUGAAGGACAGGAGCAGCAUGUGCGGCUUUGCAUCCAGAAAGAGAAGCUGGUUCCUCCAGGCCAGCCGUUCUACUGCCUCAGCGCCGAGGGACUGAUGAACACACACUGUUGCUACUCUGAUUACUGCAACAGCAUCGACCUCAGACUACCAACCGUGACGAACGGACCGGGUUCUGGGCAGGACUGGGGGCCAGUGGAGCUCACUGCAGUGGUGGCAGGGCCGGUCUUUGUGUUGUGUGUGCUGGUUCUGCUGGGUCUCUUCCUGUUCCAGCACCAUCAGCGGGCCUACGGUCACCGGCAGAGGCUGGAGGUGGAGGAUCCCAGCUCUGAACACAUGUUCCUGGCUAAGGACAAGACCUUACAGGACCUUAUCUACGACCUCUCCACCUCAGGAUCAGGCUCGGGUCUACCGCUGUUUGUCCAGAGGACGGUGGCUCGUACCAUAGUGCUGCAGGAGAUCAUUGGUAAAGGCCGCUUUGGCGAGGUGUGGAGGGGGAAGUGGAGAGGAGGAGACGUUGCCGUGAAGAUCUUCUCCUCUCGUGAGGAACGCUCCUGGUUUCGUGAAGCUGAAAUCUACCAGACCAUCAUGCUCCGCCACGAGAACAUCCUGGGCUUCAUUGCUGCUGACAACAAGGAUAAUGGCACAUGGACUCAGUUGUGGCUGGUGUCAGACUAUCAUGAGAAUGGAUCCCUGUUUGACUAUCUGAACCGAUAUUCAGUCACUAUCGAGGGAAUGAUCAAACUGGCGCUGUCGGCUGCCAGCGGCCUAGCGCAUCUGCACAUGGAGAUACUGGGCACUCAGGGUAAGCCUGGCAUCGCUCACCGUGACCUGAAGUCCAAGAACAUCCUGGUGAAGAAAAACUGCACGUGUGCAAUCGCUGAUCUCGGCCUGGCGGUUCGUCACGAGUCCGUCACUGACACCAUCGAUAUCGCCCCCAACCAGCGUGUCGGCACUAAGAGGUACAUGGCGCCUGAGGUUCUGGAAGAGACUAUUAACAUGCGUCACUUUGAUUCAUUUAAAUGCGCUGACAUCUAUGCUCUAGGACUCGUGUACUGGGAAAUCGCUCGCCGCUGCAAUGCUGGAGGUAUUCAUGAAGAGUACCAGCUGCCCUACUAUGACCUGGUGCCCUCUGACCCAUCCAUAGAGGAAAUGAGGAAAGUGGUGUGUGAUCAAAGGUUACGACCCAACAUCCCCAACUGGUGGCAGAGCUAUGAGGCGUUGCGUGUGAUGGGGAAGAUCAUGCGGGAGUGCUGGUACGCUAACGGCGCCGCACGACUGACGGCUCUCCGCAUUAAGAAAACCCUGUCUCAGCUCAGCGUGGACGAAGACAUCAAAAUUUGAGUGAAACACUACCUUCAGCCAGAAACACUCCUAGGAAAGAGAACGUGUACAGACAUGCGACCACUUUAAACUAUCCUGCCAGUUUAAAAGUAUUUCCGUCCACCAAGUCGGGACGGGGCCUACCUCACCCCACCGCCAAAACUACUGAACCUACGGUACCCAACAGCCCUCUGUGCUCUCCUCCUCUUCUCUACUACAUCUACUACUACUGCUACCGCCCAGCUCGCAAAUCAAAACGGACACGUGACUUUAUCGAUUCUCUUCAAAUCAGUUUUGCCCCAAAGAUCAUUUUUUUCCAACCAGGGCCACUCAUAUUCAAUAUUGCAUUCAACUAGAUCAGUCUAGCAGACUACCUCGGUUAACUAACUAGAGGCGAUAACGGGCGGGUUAAGCUGGUGAAUUGGUGCGAGAUGGCACUGCUAGAUCAGCCGAUUCCUUUUAUUCGCCGGUGUUUCAUAACCACGUCAAAGCUGUUAGCAAAACAACCUUAUUUGCACUUUAUUCUGGAGGUUUUGUGAGCAUGAAGUGGAUUAUAGCCAUCUUGGUUUUGGAAUCGCACACUGGCACACGCGUCUAUUCUUACUACUGAAUGGUACGGAGAUAUCUAUUUAUUUUAGCUCGUAGAUCCUUCAUAUUGUCCUUAUUUUUUUAUCGCCGUUAGAGUUCCUCCUCUCCUCCAUGGGCAAACAAAGCUACUGUACAUAGUAUAUUUUUUAAAAGUAUGGAAAUGUAAAUAGCUUUCCCUUUUUUUAAUUUCCAAGUCCUUUGACUAAGCUAAAGGUUUGAUCGUCCAGGAACAGCAGAGAUGUGAAGCUGUACGGGUCAGUGGCGGCUAAAGUACAGGCUUUUGUUUUUCAUAGCUAAACUUGUUUGUUGCUUUUCACUGUAGCAUUAAAUGACACUAAAAUGAUGCACAUUUUAUUAGCUGAGGAGUGUUGGGACUGUUUUGUAUGGACUCUAAGCUCGUUUUUAAGGAAUAAUUCAUGCAGACAUAAGAAUGCUCAUCAUUUAUCAUCCUUGUGUCGCUCCAAACCCGUAUGACGGAGUUUUUAUUGUAAAACUCAAAAGGAGAUAUUGAGCAGAAUGCACAAGCUGCACUCCAAAAAUGACUAAAAUCACAAUAAAUGAUCAGUAUGACUUUAUGCUGUCAUCUGAAUUCAUAUGAACUACAUCUGUGAUACUUUAUUGAUGCAAUUUAGUUAUAAGGCAAAGGGUCGCAUGAACCUUUGCAGGUUUGGAGCAGCAUGAGGGCGAAUAAUGACAGGAUUAUUGCAUUAACUCCAGCAGCUCCUGCUGCAAGUGACAUUACAACGUGAUUUUAGGAAAUCGAUCUGAUUAUUAUUCAUGCACUGGGUCUGUAAUGGGAAGAACGACUUGAAAAUGUAACUUGACUUGAAGCGCACCGCUUUACUCCUACUACACUGUAUUUAUGACUCCUGACAGACGUUACGUCUCUCUCUCUCCUACUCCAUGGAUAAAUACUACUGCCCUUCUGUCCCUCUCUGCUUAAUAUGCAAGAUGUAAAUAUAGUUUCUAUAAUGUAUGACCUUUUUUAUUAAUCCGAUUUGAUUCAGUAGACAAUAGUGUGAUCGUAGCUCGCUGUAUUUAUCUGUUUUGUGGUUUGUUUUUUAAUGUGACUCUGUUUUAAUUCAGGUUUAUUUGUAUAGCGCUUUUAACAGUAGGUUUUGAAGCAGCUGUACAGGGUUUUUGGUCUGUGGUCUUUCAUUUUGUUUAAUUUUAUCUCCCAGAUUCGCUCACAUGUUUCAGGACUGAUGUCUAGAGUUUGUGUUUUGACAAUCUAAAUAAGUGCUGUUGUUCGUCCAUUUGCAACAAUUCAGUCACCUUAAUCUAUUAAAAUGUCUUCGGAGAAAGCCAAAAAUGCUUGCUAUAGUUGGAAGAACAUGUUAAUGCUUUCUUUAUAUUAUGUUAUUUCUGUUAUUUAGAUGCAAAAUGACAAGCUACCAUGUGAAAUGUGUUUGUAACACUGGAUUGAGUCACGACACUACUGAGAACUAUAUAAGAGAUGACACUGGCACAUCGGCUGCUGACUGAGAAAUUUUUCUAAGAGUAAUAAGAGUAAGGGUUUGAUCUGUAUUUGUUUCUACUGUUGAGUUCAGCUUGUACAUAUAUUUAUAGUUUCCAGAAAGCGUGACGCUGCUGGCAGAUUUGGACUUCAUAUAAACGUCUGCUCUCUUUCAUCCACUGGCUGUAGUGGAGACGCUCGUCGCCUGGCUAAUUAUAACGGCUAAACGAUGGCGACGGUGUGAUUAACUGUGCAAACGGUCUUAGUCCCGGUUUAGCAUAAGGAAGUUUCCCAGAUCCUCUGACCUCUCAGCCAACCUGUAUAAUCGGAGUGUAUUUCCCAAAUCUACAAGGAGAGACUUUUCAGGAAUUUCAGUUUCCAAUCAUUUACAUGGGUAAUUAUUAAAUGGUAAUAAAUACAGAUUUUCCUACA